UCCUUCCAUUCUUCCUUCCUAUCCUCUCUUUUCACAAAAUUAAAGCAAGAUGGCUGGCAUGCUGAACGAAGCGAUGAUCGCUGAGUACUUUAGGAACAAGAGUGUGCUUAUCACUGGAGCCACGGGCUUUCUUGGCAAGAUACUAGUGGAGAAGAUACUGAGGGUCCAGCCAGACGUGAAGAUGAUUUACCUGCUGGUGCGGGCACCAGAUGCAGUGGCGGCAAGGCAGCGCGUGGAGACCGAGGUGGUGAGAAGGGAGCUCUUUUGCCUAUUGCGUCAGCGGCACGGCUCAGGUUUUGAUACCUUCGUCACCGAGAGAGUGGUGGUGCUGGCUGGCGAUGUUACAUGUGAGAGCUUUGGCAUCGAGGCCAAGAAGUUGCGUGAGCUCCGGCUCACCGACGAGCUCAACAUCAUCGUUAAUAGCGCCGCCACGACAAACUUCUACGAAAGGUACGACAAGGCCCUGGAUGUGAAUGUGAUGGGGGUGAAGCACAUGUGUGACUUCGCUGCAAGGUGCCCCAACCUCGAGGUGCUCCUGCAUGUCUCCACGGCCUACGUCGCUGGCGAGAAGCAUGGGAUGGUGCCAGAGAGGCUGUUCAUGGACGGCGAGACACUUAGGGAUGGGAUCCACCUUGACAUUGACGCCGAGCUGAGGCUAGCGAGGGACCUGAGGAAUCAGAUGGAGGCCGACAAUGACAUUGAUAUGUUGCCCAAGUUCAAGAGGAAGGCCAUGAAAGACCUAGGCCUCACCAGGGCUCGGCACUUUGGGUGGCCAAACACGUAUGUCUUCACUAAGUCCAUGGGGGAGAUGAUGCUGGGCCAGAUGACGUGCGGGGGCGAUGUGUCGGUCCUUAUCGUUCGGCCUAGCAUGAUCACCAGCGUCCAGAGCGAUCCACUCCCAGGAUGGUUAGAAGGCACCAGGACGAUCGACAUGAUCCUUAUCGGGUACGCAAAGCAGAGCCUAUCGUGCUUCCUUGCCGACCUGGACCUCACCAUGGACGUGAUGCCUGCCGAUAUGGUGGUGAAUGCAAUGAUGGCGGCCAUGGUGUCACACGCCUCCUCCUCACGGUGGUUGGAUUCGAAUAAUAAGCCGCUGCAGCACCCCCUCUUGGUGCGGCCAUCAAAGUUGCUGGUGUACCACGUGACCUCGUCAAUGCGGCACCCAGCUUCGUAUGCGGUGUUGUACCGGACAGGGAUCCGAUACUUCGAGGACCACCCACGCAUGGGUCCUGAUGGCCGUGCCGUGCGCACCCAAAAGGUGCGAUUCCUUGGCAGCAUCGCAAAGUUCCACCUUUUCAUGGUGCUCAAAUACCGGAUACCACUCGAACUCCUCCGCUUGAUCUCCCUCCUCUGUUUUGGCCACUUUGGCCUCGCUGCCCUCUACCAGGACCUCGCUCGCAAUUACAGGUUGGUGAUGCAGCUGGUGGACCUUUAUGGGCCCUUCUCGCUCUUCAAGGGUUGCUUUGAUGACUUUAACCUUAACAAACUCAGGCUUGCCAUUGCUCAAGAUCCAAUUGUGACCAACCGACUUUUCAACUUUGACCCCAAGACUGUUGACUGGGAUGACUACUUCUAUAGGAUCCACAUCCCUGGUGUCAUGAAGUAUGUCCUCAAGUGAUGCUCCAAUUGCAUUGAUCAAAUGGAUGCUCAGCUUGUUCAUGCAUACGUUGUGUUGUCUAGUUAACAUCCUUCGUCCCGCGGGUAUUAUUGCGGUUGUAUUGUUAUUUGGAAAAUUAAUUUAAUAAGCCACCACCUGGGUGGACCCCUCACCAUGUACAUGACCAACUUCGUUUUCAA